GCCCUUACCGUGGCCUCGCGUAUUCCCUCGUCGUUGGAAGCGGCGCAACAAAAUCUUGAAUCUCGAAAUCUCUGGCUCCUUGGUGUGCGGCGGGAUUUCCAACACAGCUUUCAGGCCGGGCCUCCGCACAGCGGGUUUGCUCGCUCACGGGGAAGAAGGGAACGUACGCAGCUCGCGAACGGGUGAAUCAUCCUGGCCUCAACAACAACAACGUUGUAUAAAGGGCGGCAUCUCUAGCCAGACCAACGACAUCAGGAGCACCGCCAGCAAUGGACGCCUCUAGGUCUCGUCUCUGCCUGUACGACGCUGCACGAGAAGCGAUCAGGGACGCAUCCGCAGGAGGAGCAGCGGCAGAAGCUGUAGGGCGAGACCAGGAUGCCUGCGUCGCUACACGACCACAGCAUGAUGACGUCCUGGAUAAGAAACUACACCGCUCUGUGGAAGAAAUGUAUCACAGUACCAGAGGACAGCAAAACAGCAGUACACAGGGGACACCGGACGUGCAAUUAAGUGCAAGUGACAGCGGUGUCGGCAACAAGAAACGCCAACGGCACGAUGGAGAGGAGGCGCCAACAGAAGACGCUGGGGAUGCAUCUGAUGGGGAAGAGGGGCACCCAACCACGCAAGAGGACGAGUGUCUCGGCCUGAUGGCGGAGGCAUUUGCCGACGACCUCGACCUCCUUCGCAAGGACGACCACUUCGGGGGUUCCGCCAACGACAUCGCCGCGAUGGCGGACAUGAUGCGCUACUUCCCAGCAUCUGCCUGUGGGCGAUGUGUGUAGGCACACGGUCGGUGUGCCGAUCGCAUGCAGCACUCACAGGGGGUAACGCCAACGUGAGGUGUAUUGCGGGCGGGUUGGACAGCACAGAACAAAGAAUGCUCUUGGACAACGCAGCGAGAUGACGGCGACGACAACGAGGUGCUCAGACGCACUCAGGAAAUGCACCACGUAGUAAGCCAUUUCCUUAUUGUAGUACAGUAUCGUGUGUGAACGGAACACCAGCCGGGACCCAGCGAGCGGCAAUACUACGAGGCGGGGUGACAUUUCCCCGUCCCGAAAGUGUUUGUGAUCGCUUGUGGGAUGUGGUUUGCUGGAGUUGCCGUCAUGUUCUGGGACCCGUUGCCGAGGGUAGCUCCGCUACCCGGUUGAUGCAACAACGUUUUUCG